GUGUAUAUAACACCAGAUGUGCAGUUGUGAAAAUGCAGAUUGCUACAGAAUUGAAGAGGACAGCACUGAACUUGCUGGUGUGCAUGGUAAGGUCCCUAGUAACACAGAACGUUAAUGUACCAUUAGCCUAUGGUUCCCUAAAGGUUUGUUAGAACGUAACCAACAACUAACAUUUAGAGAACGUUUCCUCAUGGUUAUGCAGAAACCUAACGAAGCCAAACAUCCCCGAAACGUUGAGGUAACUAACCAACUGAAACGUUAUCAUUUGGUUACACUAUAACCUCCACACAACGUUAUGUUUGGUUGUUUUUUUGUUGUUCUGAGAACUAUACGAUGCACAUUACCCAGAAUUCUCUGUGCUUUCAAACAGCUCUAAGGCAAAUAACAAAAUGACGGACUUAAUGGAUGUUACGAUAGCCCUUUUAUUUAGCUAUUUGAAAAUUUCACCAAGUCUCCUUGUUGGAUUUAGAACUACCAGCGCCAGUGUACGUUAUCUGGAUUUACAGUACGUGUGAUCAGGAAGAAACGAGACCUAGCCACUGUAAGUUGUUGAUUGGUCAGGUUGCCUGACGCAACGGCAUGUGACGCAAAACGAAUGGUCCUCAUUGGCUGGACAGAUGGAUAAGAGGACGUAGGUGCGUGUAGUAAAGUCACUACCUGGAACUUGGAUUGUUGAAGUUGGAUUUGGAAGCAAACGUCUCUGUUGGAAGUACUGAAGCCUACGUUUUGUUCAAGUACUCUACUUUUGAAAAGGUAAUUUGUGAUUUCGUUCUGGUUGUGGUUAUACCUUAAAGGAGAAUUCCGUCUGUUUUGCAAAUAUGUCUCAAACGUUUGUGGUCAAGGAAAGUUGGCAGUAGCACAAACCGUGAGAAAAAUCCAUCCCGUCUAAAAAAAAAAAAAGUUAUGCAUAUAGCUGCUACGCGGAUUUCAAAUGAAACGGUGGCUACGGGGCAGCCUUUCAACGUUCGUAUAUUCACAUAACUUGUUUCAAAAUGGUUUUCAUGGGAUUGCCCGUGGUGUGUGGACACUGAUGUUUGAAAACAUUGCACAUUUACUGCAUUAGCUAGCACAUAGGUGUAUAACUUUUGAACUUUUCGAGCCAGCACAUACCUUUGUUGCCUUCCGGAUUCCCCAGAAGUCAGCACUGAGCGCAUCAAAUGCUUCACCGGUGCUCAGCGCUGACUUCUGGGGAAUCAAAAGUUCAAAAUUUUAUUUGCAAAACAGCCAGAAUUCUCCUUUAAAGGAUAUGUGCAGUAUUUUGAACAUGAAGCUCCUUUCUGAGUUCUUUGCAAUGUAAGAGUGGUCCUCACCGAUUUUAUGUUUGCUGCUGUCUCAGUUAUUUGGCAAAUUUGGGGUAUGUCUCAGCCUGCUUCAGAAUGGCAAGAUAUGGGCUUAUGCACAUCUUUUAAUGUAAUUUUGAGUUCCAUGUUACAAUGUCCAUGGAAAGCGUUGUAACAGUUGUAUCUUUUUUUUUUUUUAGCAACGCUUCACUCUGCAAUGUUUUUGGAUUUUGAUAAAGUUAAGUCAUUCAUUGAAUGAUGAACGUGUUUUUAGUAUCAUCAAUUGACUUGUGGCAUUACUGUGUACUGUGCCAAUGUGCUGUUAAUGUGUUAGUCAUUUAGUUUUGUCAUUGCAGUCACAUUGUAUUUCCCCACAAUGAGUGAAAAGCGAUUGGCCAGACAAGCCUACACAAAGAGAUGGAAGAGGGUGCGGCGAGAGGUGGAAGCGGUGCGAAAGGCUUUGAGAGCAGAAAUGCAAGAGGAGAAGGACGCACUAGACGCUGCACGGGCAGAGCAGGCUAUGCAAGAAGCAGCCAGGCUUCGUCAACAUCAGCAGCAACUGCAAGAACAAUCUGUACUACUGGCAGAGGAGAAUGAAGAAGAGCCAGAGUGCAUGGCAGUACCAACAAGCAGUAGUUUUGGUACUGAGUUUGCAUCAGAUGCGCUGUGGAGCACACCCAUGAAUGUGGAGGAUAGCAGUGACACCAGUUACUCUUAUAUUGAGGAAAACGACCCACAAGGCUCACUAAAGGACUUUUUACAACACUGGGCCUUAAAACACCAGAUUACACACUCUGCACUUGAUGACCUUCUUGUAGGAUUAAAAGCCAAUGGACACACAGAGUUGCCUUCAACAGCAAGAACCCUUCUCUCAACCCCAAGAGACAUCAGGUCAACUCCGGUAUCAGGAAUGAAGUAUGUUCACUUUGGUUUAAGGAGAGCUAUUGAAGCACAACUAAACCACUACCCACAAGAGGUUCUGAAAAAAAUAACCACCCUGGAGUUGUCUCUGAACAUUGAUGGUGUUCCACUGUUCAAAAACAGCAAGACCACUCUGUGGCCUGUCUUGUGUGCCAUCCAUCUGAGUCCAACUCAUGUUUUUCCUGUCACCUUAACAUCUGGUCCUGCUAAACCUAAUGAUUUGGAGUUUCUCAACGAUGUGGUUGCAGAAAUGAAGGAUCUGCUUGAAAACAGAAUUCAAGGGAAAAUGGUUGUCAUGCGUUGUGUUGUAUGUGAUGCCCCUGCCAAGGCAAUGGUCAAAGCAACAAAACUGUGCACAGGAUACUAUGGAUGUGACAAAUGUGCACAGAAAGGGACAUGGGAAGAUGGCCGUGUAACAUACCCUGAUGUCCAAAGCACCCUGUGAACCAAUGACCUGUUCAGAAGAGAGAUGGCUGUCAAGGAAACUGAGGGCCAUACAGUGUCCCCAUUCCUGCAACUUCCCAUUGACAUGAUCAUAAUGUUUCCCAUUGAUUACAUGCACCAAGCUUGUUUAGGUGUCAUGAGGAAACUGUUAGUGGAAUGGGCGAGGGGAAGCAGGAAGGUGAGACUGUCGACUACACAGCUCCAAGAGGUCAGCAGAAGACUGUGUGGUUUGAGAGAAAAAAAAAAAUAUAUAUAUAUUGCUUUACCAGAAAGCCCAGGAGCUUGGAAGAAGUCGACCGCUGGAAAGCUACAGAGCUGUGCCAGUUUGCCCUGUAUACAGGAAAAGUAGUGCUCAAGGGCAUUCUGUCCAGGCCACUGUACAGGCAUUUCAUGGCUUUCAGUGUGGCACUGAACAUUUUGGUUUCUCCCAACCUAGCCGGCAAGUAUGCAGACUAAACCUGAUGGUGUAUUUUGUGUCACAGACUGCAGAGCUGUAUGGCAGACACUUCAUGGUGUAUAAUGUGCACAGCAUGCUCCAUUUAACAGAUGAAGCAGAGACCUUUGGAUGCCUUGAUGCAUGCAGCGCCUUCCGGUUUGAAAACUACUUGGGCAAGCUGAAACGUCUGGUCCGAUCAGGGAAUAGACCACUAAUUCAAGUGGCUAAAAGGCUCUCGGAGAUGGACCAGGAUCAGACUCCCACAGCUCCAGCACCGAAAAAGAAAACCCGAAGACCAAACAAUACUUACAUUUUGGCAGGUGCCAAAUGUUGUGAGGCCAUUGAAGAAAGGAAUGACAUGGUUUUGUGCAAGGUCUUUCAGAGGGCGGAUCCUCUGUUCACAGAUCCUUGUGAUUCAAGAAUCAUUGGGUGCUUCAGAGUGAAAAGGAGUGAGUGUCAUGAAGCUGGUGCCAGAAUGUGAACGCACAAAACAGGCCUUGAUGAUUGAGGAGCCACAGAAACAGACUAAUGUUUUCAUGACAGUCCUGCAUGAUUUUUAGGAGACAUCCACACACACAAUUUAACCAUCACAAUGAUUUUUUUUUUGGAGGGAAUCCUUUUAGGGUAAUUGCUGUGUACACUUGCAAAAUAUGAUACAAAAUAUGUUUUGCUAAUGGGAGAUUCUGUGUUUUAGCCAUGUAAAAAGGAUGGAUUGGGAAAAUAUGUCCAUCUUAAUGCCAUGUUUAUUUGUAAUGUUUUCUUAAAACCAAAUAGACUGUUUCACACCUACAGGAGUUUUCAUAGGCCAGCCAAGGGAACUAAUGCCGCUUUUCCACUACAAACGCGGCUGAGUCGGGCUGUGCCGUGCCGUGCUGAGUUGGGCUGAGCGGGGCUGUUGGAGUUGCAUUUCGACUACAACCGCACUGAACCGUGCUGGCUGGAAGUGGGUGGACACAUUGGGUGGAGUUAGCGAAAGCGGGUGGACGUCAGGUGAUGUCGUUAAGCAGCACAAACAGUGACAUCAGUGAGCUUUUAAGCGGUAGUCUCACGACCCGGAUAGUAAACAAUAAACAUGGAGGACAUGGAGUCGUUAGUGUUGCUGGUCUUGGUGCUGUGGCUUGUUGUCACCGACAACGCGGACAGAUACUGGCAAGAGCGUAUAGAUGAGGCGAGGCGCAUAAGGCUUCAGAAAUUCUCGUAAUUAUUCUCCUUCCGGGUUUACGGUGUUUACAGAUCCCAGCGUGCUCGCGGGGCGUGUGUGGGCAUGUGAGGACACUCCUCCUCACCAAUCAGUGCACAGGGGAGUGUCUGCUCACGCCCCCAGCCUCACCCUGCUCGCUUUGGCUCGCUUCAGCCCCACUCCAAAACGGUGCGAGUUUUAGGGGCUAAGCAGGGCUGAAGCGAGCUGAGUCAUGCUGGUUUUUGGUAGUCGAAACGUGAGCCGUGUCGGGCUGAAGUGAGCUGAAGCGA